GCCUGUUAUCUGCCUCUGCCUCUGCCUCUGCCUCGGCUCACUCCACCCGGCAGAAGCAUGGCUGCUAACAAAGUGAUAGUUUACGGCGGAAGAGGCGCGCUGGGCUCCAAGUGUGUGCAGCAUUUCAAAUCCAAAGGAUGGUGGGUGGCCAAUAUCGACAUGAGUGCUAAUGAGGAGGCUAACGAGAACGUGAUUGUCAAGUUGACUGACUCCUUCUGCGAGCAGGCGGGCCAGGUCACAGCAGAUGUCUCCCAGCUGCUCGGCGAGCAGAAGGUGGACGCCAUUUUGUGCGUGGCUGGCGGAUGGGCGGGAGGAAACUGCAUUUCCAAAGACUUGUACAAGAACACGGAUCUGAUGUGGAAACAAAGCGUGUGGACUUCCACCAUCUCCAGCCACCUGGCAGCUGUGCACCUGAAACCGGGAGGUCUGUUGACUUUGGCUGGGGCCAAAGCCGCUCUGUCGGGGACCGGAGGCAUGAUUGGCUACGGGAUGUCUAAGGCCGCUGUGCACCACCUAUGUCAGAGUCUGGCCGUCAAAAACAGCGGGAUGCCUUCAGGGGCCGCUGCGGUGGCCAUCUUGCCGGUUACCUUGGAUACACCCAUGAACAGGAAGUUCAUGCCGGACGCUGAUUUUGGCACGUGGACACCUCUGGAGUAUGUUGCAGAAAUGUUCCUCAAGUGGGCCAUGGGCGUCGACAGGCCAGCGUCGGGCAGCCUGAUGCAGCUGGUCACCUCUGGUGGGGAAACUCAGGCCGUGGCAGCGCCCUAGAGGACAGACGGAAGGACGGACGGAUGGGGAUGUGGCGAGAAGAUAACGAUGGAGAAGCAAUAGAAGGCUCACAGGGUCAUGGAGUUUGAAGGCAAGCUAGGAGAGAAAAAAAAAAAAAAAGGUAACCGGUUCAGUGUCACAUGAAGGACAACAGCGUUAUCUAGCUGUGGAUGUCUGUAUUGCUGUUACGGCAUUGGAUGCUCCUCAACAACAUGAUUACAAAAUAUAAUAAAAGGACCAAUAUGAUGUUCAA